AUGGGGUUUGGGCCAUGUUUCAAGUGCGACGAGUGCAAUUUCAAUCUUCACGAGGAGUGCGCAAUGCCUCAAUCCUCCGCUUUCCACCCCUUUUUCCGUAAGUGCAACUUCAGGUUCUAUGAAAACGCACCUGGAUUUAGUGCUAGAUACUGUGAUGCGUGUGGGAAAGAUGUGCUAGGGUUUGUGUACCAAUGCUUGCACGAGAAAGCACACGACCUUCACCCGUGUUGCAUGAAGCUUCAACGUACCUUAAUUGGUGAUGGGGUGACACUACACCUUAGGAAAAAGGUCUCAACCAAGUGCCUAAAAUGUGGAAGUAAGAAAGUCUCAAGGGGAUUCAGAGGCUGGUCCUAUGAAUCGGAUUGUGGCCAAUACUCCUACCACGUGACAUGUGUCAAGGACUUAGUCCUUGAAAAUUGGAGGAGGGGUUAUUUUGAUGGAAAUAACACAGCGUGGCAGAUUACGGUUCCAAACCAAGAUAUAGUACAGCAAACAGGAGAAAGCUCAAGCAGAAUGAAUGUUAGCAAGUAUUGGAAAAUGGCAAAAGUGGCUCUCAAGCUCAUUAUUUCAGCCAUCUUUGGGGAUCCAACUACCCUGAUUGCGACCCUUAUCCAAGCUUUGCUUUCAAACUGA